AUAUUAUUCACCACACAACAUUGGAAGGGAUUAGGAGACACAUUUUUAGCUUAAAUACCAUGUCUUUGGUCUCCAUAAUCACCAGUUCAUUUCUGUACACAGUCAUUCAAUACUUUGACAAAACAACAAAAAAAUCAACUAAAAUGGCCGCUAAGUUCAUCAUCCUCGCCGCUUGCGUGGCUACCGCCCUUGCUCAAUACUCUGCCCCAGCUUACAAGCCAGCGUACUCAGCGCCCGCUUACUCAGCACCAAAGGCUUACGCCCCAGAGCCCGCAUACGCCCCAGCCCCAUACAGCUUCGAAUACAGCGUAAACGACCCACACACCUACGACGUCAAGAGCCAAUCUGAAUACGCCGACGGCAACGGUUACGUCAAAGGAUCCUACAGCCUUUUGGAAGCCGACGGUUCCACCCGCACUGUCGAAUACACCGCUGACGACUACAACGGUUUCAACGCCGUCGUCAAGAACUCCGCCCCAGCUGCCUACAAGCCAGCUUACUCCGCACCAGCCUACGCUGCCCCAGCUUACCCAGCACCAGCUUACCCAGCACCAGCCUACUCCGCACCGGCCUACAAGCCAGCAUACAAACCAGCAUACUAAUAAUUUAUUUUAUCAUGUGCACCAAAUCUCUUCUUUACCUUUCAUAUUUCAUACCACUGUUAUGAGAUGUUCAUUAUUCACCAACUAUUUAUGUCAUCGUUGUAUUUAUUUUAUAAAUAAAUAAUGAAUCAAAAUAAACAAA